CUUGGAAUCCCACCAAAUGCACCAUCGUCCAGAAUCUCAAAAUUUCAAAAAGAAACCAAAAUCUUGUCAACCAGCACUCACGAUGUCGACACAAUCCGUCCAAUGCUUCGGCAAGAAGAAGACUGCUACGGCAGUUGCGCGAUGCACGGUAUGUACGAAUUCCCGAAAAAAUUGGAGGGCAGAGGACAGGGGGAGAAUUGAUGCCUUGGUUGAAUGUGCACCAAAACCCGCGACCAUACGAUUCAUCCCAGCGGCCAAAGGGAAAGCGAAAGAGAAAGAGAAAAUACUGACGAGUCAAAAAGGCAGGAAAGGGCUUGGUUAAAGUUAAUGGAAAGCCAUUAAACCUCGUCCAGCCAGAAAUCUUGCGAUUCAAGGUCUACGAGCCACUCCUCAUCGUCGGUCUCGAGAAAUUCGCCAACGUCGAUAUCCGCGUCAGAGUCACCGGUGGUGGACACGUCUCCCAAGUCUACGCCAUCCGUCAAGCUAUCUCCAAGUCGCUCGUUGCAUACUACCAGAAAUUCGUCGAUGAGCACUCCAAGAACGAGUUGAAGCAGGCCCUUGUCCAAUACGACCGAACACUGUUGGUUGCAGAUAACAGACGAUGCGAGCCAAAGAAGUUUGGAGGUGAGUUGUUCUAUGCGACAAUGUUCGGAGUAAUGCUGACAAUUUUUUCCACAGGUCCCGGAGCCAGAGCCAGAUACCAAAAGUCUUACCGUUAAAGCAUGGAUUUCGCAUGGGGUUCGGGUUUGGGAGAAUGGUUUCUGCUGAAUUUUGCAUUGGACGGGCUAUGCUAUUUGCUGCUUGUAGGGUUUCUAGGCAAAUGAAAUGCAAAGCUAUUCCGCCAAGCAUAGGAGUUGAGAAUUGAACAAUACGGAACCACAAAUCGUGCCUGGAUUUUUCAUGUGAGGUAUUCCAAGCACAGCCGUGAAUUACGACUUAUCACGAAAGCCCACGAAUCUGACAACUUAAUUGGCAAUGUUGUUUCAUGGAUUGAGUUUCUGCAAUGGAGACCCGGCUUGUGUAUACCAAAAUUAAUGACAUUACGAAGAACCCAGCUCAAAUGAUUCGAUCCGCU